AUGAUGAGGAAGAGUAUGGCCAAGAUGUUGGACAAAUGGUCGGCAAAGUCCUAUGAAGGCAAUGUGGAAAUUGAAGUAUCAGAAUGUUUUGAAACUUUGGCAGAAGAAAUCAUCACGCGUACAGCCUUUGGGAGCAGCUAUGAAGAUGGAAGAGCAAUUUUCGAAUUACAAGCACAACAAAUGGUUUAUGCCACCGAGGCAUUUCAGAAAGUCUUCAUCCCCGGUUAUAGGUUUUUACCGACCAAAAAGAACAGAAAUUCUUGGAGAUUGGAAACAGGUAUUAGAAAAUCUUUGUUGAAGCUCAUCAAUCAAAGGAUUAAAAAGUACUCAAGCAACAUGGUGGUGUCAGACGAAUGUCCAAAUGAUUUAUUAGAACUCAUGAUCAAAGCGAGCUUAACGGGAACAAACCAAACAAGUCCUCCCAUCACCGUUCAUGAUAUUGUUGAAGAAUGCAAGACCUUCUUCUUCGCCGGAAAACACACGACGGCGAAUCUGCUAACCUGGACCACCGUUCUCCUAGCAAUGCACCCUCGAUGGCAAGAACUGGCACGUGAGGAGGUUGUUAGGGUUUGUGGAGCACGUGAUAUCCCAAGUAAAGAUGAUGUUGGGAAGCUUAAGACGAAUGUAUGGCUCCUUGCAGGUGCAAACCUUCUUGUAUGGUUUGGACCUACGGCUCGUCUAAUAAUCUCUGAUCCAAGUCUCAUCAGAGAAAUUUUCAUUUUGAAGUCAGAGUUCUUCGAGAAAAAUGAGUCGCCACCACACGUUAGAAAGCUUGAAGGUGAUGGUUUGUUAACCCUCAACGGACAGAAAUGGGCUUACCACAGAAAGAUUAUCACACCCACAUUUCACAUAGAAAAUCUCAAAUUAAUGAUACCCAUGAUGAGGAAGAGUAUGGCCAAGAUGUUGGACAAAUGGUCGGCAAAGUCCUAUGAAGGCAAUGUGGAAGUUGAAGUAUCAGAAUGUUUUGAAACUUUGGCAGAAGAAAUCAUCACGCGUACAGCCUUUGGGAGCAGCUAUGAAGAUGGAAGAGCAAUUUUCGAAUUACAAGCACAACAAAUGGUUUAUGCCACCGAGGCAUUUCAGAAAGUCUUCAUCCCCGGUUAUAGGUUUUUACCGACCAAAAAGAACAGAAAUUCUUGGAGAUUGGAAACAGGUAUUAGAAAAUCUUUGUUGAAGCUCAUCAAUCAAAGGAUUAAAAAGUACUCAAGCAACAUGGUGGUGUCAGACGAAUGUCCAAAUGAUUUAUUAGAACUCAUGAUCAAAGCGAGCUUAACGGGAACAAACCAAACAAGUCCUCCCAUCACCGUUCAUGAUAUUGUUGAAGAAUGCAAGACCUUCUUCUUCGCCGGAAAACACACGACGGCGAAUCUGCUAACCUGGACCACCGUUCUCCUAGCAAUGCACCCUCGAUGGCAAGAACUGGCACGUGAGGAGGUUGUUAGGGUUUGUGGAGCACGUGAUAUCCCAAGUAAAGAUGAUGUUGGGAAGCUUAAGACGUUGGGAAUGAUACUGAAUGAAUCACUAAGGUUGUACCCUCCAGCCGUGGCAGCAAUUCGACGGACCAAAGUCGAUGCACAACUUGGAAGUCUGAAAAUCCCUCGUGGGACCGAACUCCUAAUUCCGAUCCUGGCCGUCCAUCAUGAUCCGGGACUGUGGGGCGACGACGUGACUGAAUUUAAUCCAGCACGAUUCGCUCAUGGUGUGGCCCACGCUGCGAAGUAUCCAAUGGCAUUCAUUCCAUUUGGGGUCGGGGCCCGCGGAUGCAUCGGGCAAAAUCUAGCAAUUUUGCAGGCGAAAUUAGCAAUUGCCAUGAUCUUGCAACGUUUCUCAUUUGAUCUUGCACCCACCUACCAACAUGCUCCUGCAGUUCUGAUGCUUCUUUAUCCACAAUAUGGUGCACCCAUCAUCUUCCAAAAAUUGUGA